GACUUGUAAAAUCAGUUUUAUUAAUUAGUUGUUUGUAGUUGUACCUCAGACUGCCAGAGGUGUAUUAAUCAAAUUUUGUACAAUGGCAGAUGUGGAAAGAAGCGAGGGACUGAGCGAGAAAGAAGCAAACAAGCCAGAUAGCCCUAAGCCUGAUCAAGAAGUUGCGCCUCCGCUUGUUUCUGUCAAGAGCGAUAAAGAUGAAAAGAAAGCUGAAGAUAAAACUGAUUCUAAGCCAAGUAGUAAUGUUAACAAACCCAAGACAAAGGCCAGCUUGCAACCAGCAAAGGCUGUUAGUAAAAACACCAAAAACGUUAUUUUGUCUGGUGAAGCUGCGAAAGAAAUGCAGAAAGCUGCUAAAGCGAAUAAAGAUGAAAGAAGAUUAAUGUUGGAUUCAAGACACACCUAUUUAUUUAAUCAGAUUGGAGAUUCUAUUGGACUGGAUUUAGCUACUGUUGAAGAUUUUAUUUUAGGUGACGAUAAGUUUGAUUUGAUAGGACCGUUUUUACAACAGAAUGGGUCACGAAAACUAAUGUUUUUCUAUCAAGAUAUCAGUCCAUCAUCAGGUACUGCUCAAAAGAAACUGUUCCUGACCAAUGGAGACUCUGAGGGAUUACAUGGAAUUUGUUUGUACUUUCUGAGAACCACAACUAAAGCUAUAACUGUUGCUAAUAUAUCACAAGAAGUUAAUUUUGGUAUGAUGGAUGGUAGUAAUGGUAAAAUAUUAAAUGGAUUGGAGAAACAUUUAGCUAAAGUUGUUUUACCAGCUCUCAAAUCACUGGAGCAAUGGGGAUCUCUAAGUACUGAAAAUGGAUCAAACCCACAGAUUGACGAUUUUCUCGAACAGUUGGAGAAGUUUAAUAAGAAUCUUUUAUCAGCAUUAGAUAAUAUGCAAGGUCAGGUGAAAUUAGCCGAUAAUGGUACAGAAAACAUUUUGGAAGGAAUGAAUACAGUAGCAGAUUAUCAAACAGCAGCUGGUAAUACAGAAACUCUAGAGAAAAUGGAGGAAUUAUUGAGUACAUGGUCUAAACAGAUAGAACAAGUUUUAGCAGAGAGUGAACAGAUGAGACGUGAAGCUGAUGAUAUUGGUCCAACUGCUGAAUUAGCUUACUGGAAAUCAAGAAUGGCCAAAUUUAACACCCUACUUGAACAGAUGAAGAGCCCUAAAGUGAAAGCUGUUCUUGGAGUACUCCAAGUUGCCAAAUCUAAAACUUUAAAAAUAUGGAAAGACUUGGAUGGUCGUAUAACAGAUGCUGCUAAUGAAGCCAAGGAUAAUGUCAAAUAUCUGUACACACUAGAUAAAUUCUUUGGACCUCUUGUCAAAUGCACACCAGCCACUAUGGUGGAACAUAUUCCAAGUUUGAUGAAUGCCAUUAGAAUGAUAUACAGUAUUUCUCAGUACUAUAAUACAUCAGAACGUAUGACAUCAUUGUUUGUAAAAGUAACCAAUCAGAUGAUUACAACAUGUAAAGCGUACAUCAACCAAGGAAUCACCAAAAUCUGGGAACUUCCAAGAGAUCAACUGCUGAAGAAAUUGAAUGAAUGUAUGAAACUAAAUGAAGAAUACCAAAAGCAGUUUCAAAAGACGAAGCAAAAACUGAAGGAAAAUCUAAAUGAAAGACAGUUUGAAUUCAGUGAAAAUUACAUCUUUGGAAAGUUUGAUACAUUCUGCAAAAGACUGGAAAAAAUCACUGAUAUGGUUAAUACUAUUGAAGUUUUUUCUGGUUUGGCUGAUGUGAAAGUUGAAGGCAUUGAAACAAUAGCUGUGAAGUAUAAAACUAUUGUGGAGGCCACUAGAAAGAAAAAUUAUGAUGUUCUUGAUCACAGGAAGGGAGAGUUUGAUAUUGACUAUAUGGAAUUUCGUAAUCAGAUUGAUAACUUAAGAAUGUCUAUUCAAAAUUUUAUGGACUCUUGGUUCCAGAGAUCCCUUAGUAUGGAAAAAGCCAUUGAAUUACUUGGUAAAUUUGAGUCUAUCAAGGGUGCCCAACUUGAUAUGAACGACAAGUAUAUGAAAGUAAUGAUGGCUUAUGGUAGAGAUCUAGAGAGUAUUAGGAAAACUUACCAAAAGUUUAAAUCAGAACCUACCAUACCCAGAAAUCUUCCACCAAUAGCUGGUAGGAUAGCAUGGGCCAGACAGCUUUACAGAAAGAUUGAAUCACCCAUGAAAGUCUUCAAAACUAAACCAGAAAUUCUAAAAAAUACUGAAGCCAAAAAAGUUAUCAGGAAUUACAACAAAAUGGCCGGAGUUCUUCUAGAGUAUGAGAUGCUAUAUCAUCGUGGUUGGUAUAGGGCUGUAGAAGCAGCUAAAAGUGGACUUCAUGCCUCACUGUUGGUCCGGCACCCUGAUACAAAUGAAAUUUAUGUGAACUUUGACCCUCAAAUUAUGGAGCUAAUACAAGAAGCCAGGUGCUUACAGGCCUUGAAUCUUGAUGUACCUGAUGCCGCCAAGGAAUUGAUAGUUAAGGAAGAAUCUAUCAAAGAAAAUCAUGUUGCAUUACGUGAGAUGUUGAAUGGCUAUAAGGACAUUUUAUCCAAGAUUCCCAGUGUUUUAUUGCCACUGAUAACACCAUUUAAUAAGAGAGUGGAGGAGGCAUUAGCACCUGGUUUGUCUACACUGACAUGGACAUCUAUUAAUUUGGAUGGUUAUAUCAAGAAUAUCUACAAUGUGAUGACAGAGUUAGACAAGUUGUCUAAAACAGUAACUGAUAUACUAGAGUGUCGUAUAGAAGCUGUAUUACAAGAUAUGUCAUUAACUGCUUUAUGUGAUCUACCUGAUGAUGAAGCUGUUACAGCUGAACAGUUCUUAAACUUAACUACAAAUGUAGUUAGCUUAGCUUCAGAAUCUCUGGCUAGUCAGAGUCAGUUGGUAGAAAGAUCUGUUACUGAGUUAGUAGAAGCUAUACAGAGCAAGUUAUCACCAACAGAAAAAGUCAAUCUUUCAGCUGAAGAAGGUUAUACAUGCAUUCAACCCGAUACCAAGAAUAAAAAACAAAGAUGCCAAGAAUGUCUACCAUGUAGUUAUUAUCAAAUACUCAACUAUUUCACACAGAGAAAUACCGAAGCCUUGGUUAAAUGUACAAAACUAUCAUUGGAUACCAUCAAACGACGUCUGCAGGCAUCAAAUCGUUAUAGUCUAGGUGAUGAAUUGAAGGAAGAUCCUAAACCACCAUUGUUUGUGGUAGAUGUUAUUCUAGCUAUACCUAAUGUUGUUGUUAAACCUAGUUUAGAUGAUUUACAACAUACCCUGAAUAAAGCUGUACAAAUCAUUCUAAAGGCAUCAUCAAAUAUUCCACAAUGGGAACAUCUAAUGCUUCACCAAAAACAACAACAGAAGGAAGCUGAAAUGGCUAAUGCUGAUGAUAAGGAAGAUACCACCAAGAUGAUUCCAGUCACUCAGAUUAAACCACUAGAUAAGAUCAUUAGUGAUCAUAAAGAUGUUGUUAAGAUUGUCAUUCAACUGAACUCUAUUAUCAGUACCUUUAAAGGAGAUGUACAAGAAAAUCUGGAUGGUUAUACUAAGUAUUCAGAACUUUGGACAAAGACCCCAGAUGAAACAGUAAAGGAAUUUAUGGCAACAAAUCCUUUGAUGUCAGAAAUCGAAUCCCAGAUCAAAUACUAUCAACGCCUGGAAACAGAAGUGGAAGAAAUUCAUGCUUCAUUCCGCGUAGGGUCUGUCAUUUUCCAAAAUGAUAAACUUGUUUUGGCAUUGGUUACUGAAACCAGGAAUUGGAAAAUGGCCUAUGCUAAGGCUCUCAAUGAGAAAUGUGGCCGACAGAUGGAUGAAGUAUUAGAAUUUACUGAAAAUUUGAUGAAGAAAUUGAGUCGUCCCGUUAAAGAUCUGGAUGAUGUUAGAAGCCACAUGGCUGGAUUGAGUGAGAUUCGUGAGAAUGAAGUUCGUAUUGAUAUGACUAUAACACCUAUAGAAGAAACCUACGUCUUAUUGAAUAGAUACAAUAUAUUUUUUAAUGAUGGUAAUGCUGAACGAGUUGAUUCACUCUCUUAUAGCUGGAAAAAACUCAAUCAUCAGGUGACAUCGGUACAAGAGCACUUAUUACAAAUUCAACCUGCCUUUAAAGCUGAUCUGUUGGCAGGUGUAGAACAAUUUAAAAAGGAUACUGAUGAAUAUGUUGCUGAAUAUGAUAAAAGUGGACCAAUGGAGGAUGGUAUUGUACCAAGAGAAGCUUCUGAUCGGUUGAAUAUCUACCAGGCUAAAUUUGAUGAACUCUAUCGCAAAUAUGUCACAUAUUCUGGUGGUGAGGAGUUGUUUGGUCUAGCUCAAACAGAGUAUCCUGACUUGAUGCGUAUUAAGAAGGAGUUGAACUUGUUACAGAAACUGUAUCAGUUAUAUAAUACUGUAUUGGAGAAUGUUAAUGGUUAUUAUGAUAUUGCUUGGGCUGAUAUUGAUAUUGAUAAAAUCAAUACAGAAUUACUUGACUUUCAAAAUAGAUGCCGUAAGUUGCCAAAGGCCUUAAAGGAGUGGCAGGCCUAUGAGGAUUUGCGGAAAACUAUUGAUGAUUUCAAUGAGACUUGUCCCCUAUUGGAGAUGAUGGCUAACAAAGCCAUGCAGGGUCGUCAUUGGGAAAGAAUUUCUCAAUUGACUGGACAUACACUAGACGUUGAAGCUGAUAACUUCAUGUUAAGAGAUUUGAUGAAAGCGCCACUCCUACAGUAUAAGGAAGAUAUAGAGGAUAUCUGUAUAUCGGCUGUGAAAGAAAAAGAUAUUGAAGCUAAAUUGAAACAAGUCAUCAAUGACUGGAGCACUCAGAACUUUGAAUUUACAAACUUUAAAACUAGAGGAGAACUUCUUUUGAAAGGUGAUACUAUUGGUGAGACAGUUGCUUUGAUGGAAGACAGUUUAAUGGUAUUAGGUUCUCUGCUCAGUAACAGAUAUAAUGCUCCAUUCAAACCAAAUAUCCAAGAAUGGGUACAGAAGUUGACAGGCACCACAGAAAUCAUAGAAAACUGGUUGAUUGUACAGAAUUUGUGGAUUUAUUUGGAAGCUGUAUUUGUUGGUGGUGAUAUUGCUAAACAACUGCCACAGGAAGCUAAGCGAUUCAGUAAUAUUGAUAAAUCCUGGCAGAAGAUAAUGGCUAGAGCUCAUGAGAAUGUGAAUGUUGUAAUAUGUUGUGUAGGUGAUGACACAUUGGGUCAGCUUCUACCUCAUCUUCUAGAACAAUUAGAGAUAUGUCAGAAAUCAUUGUCUGGUUAUCUGGAGAAAAAACGUCUCCUAUUCCCUCGAUUCUUCUUUGUAUCAGAUCCAGCCCUCCUAGAAAUUCUUGGUCAGGCCAGUGAUUCUCAUACAAUCCAGAAUCAUUUAUUGAGUGUGUUUGAUAAUACAAGAACUGUAACUUUUGAUGAGAAAGUCUAUGAUAAAAUAUUAGAGGUCAAUUCACAGGAAGGAGAAGCAGUUCCACUUGAUAGUCCGGUCAUGGCUCAGGGAAAUGUUGAAGUGUGGUUAGGAGAAUUAUUAGAAACCAGUAGAAGAUCAUUACAUGGCAUUAUUAAAACCGCUUCGGUAGCUAUACAGGAUUCCAGCUUUAAUUUACUGGAGUUUGAAAACCAUUACCCAUCACAGAUUGGAUUGUUAGGUAUUCAGAUGGUUUGGACCAGAGAUUCUGAAGAUGCCAUCAACAAUGCACGAGUUGACAAGAAAAUUAUGCAGACUACUAAUCAGAAAUUCUUGGACAUGUUGAAUAUGUUGAUUGAUCAAACUACAACUGAAUUAACAAAGAUGGAAAGAACAAAAUAUGAAACUUUAAUUACUAUACAUGUUCAUCAAAAAGAUAUCUUUGAUGACUUGUACAAGUUGCAUGUGAAAUCAUUGAAUGAUUUUGAAUGGUUGAAACAGUCAAGGUUUUAUUUUAAAGAAGAUACAGAUCAAUGUAUUGUAUCAAUUACUGAUGUAGAUUUCUCGUAUCAGAAUGAGUUUUUGGGUUGUACUGAUCGUCUUGUCAUCACACCAUUGACUGACAGAUGUUACAUCACACUAUCACAAGCUUUAGGUAUGGCUUUAGGUGGAGCACCUGCUGGACCAGCUGGUACAGGUAAAACAGAAACAACUAAAGAUAUGGGUAGAUGUCUUGGUAAAUAUGUUGUUGUUUUCAACUGCUCAGAUCAGAUGGAUUACAGAGGUUUGGGAAGAAUCUACAAAGGAUUGGCUCAAGCUGGUGCCUGGGGUUGUUUUGAUGAGUUUAAUCGUAUUGAGUUGCCUGUACUAUCAGUAGCAGCUCAACAGAUUGCUAUUGUAUUAGCCUGUAAAAAGGAAAGAAAAUCGCAAUUCAUUUUUACUGAUGGAGAUUCUGUUGAUAUGGACCCUGAAUUUGGUAUUUUCUUGACCAUGAAUCCCGGUUAUGCUGGAAGACAGGAAUUGCCAGAAAAUUUGAAAAUCAAUUUCCGUACAGUUGCUAUGAUGGUACCUGACCGAGCUAUUAUUAUCCGUGUAAAAUUAGCUAGUUGUGGUUUCACGAACAAUGUCGUAUUAGCUAAGAAAUUCUACACUCUCUACAAACUAUGUGAAGAACAGUUGAGUAAACAGGUCCAUUAUGAUUUUGGUUUGAGAAACAUUCUGUCUGUAUUGCGUACACUUGGAGCUUUUAAAAGAUCAAACCCAGAAGAUAGUGAAGCUACUAUUGUGAUGAGAGUUUUACGUGACAUGAACUUGUCAAAAUUGGUUGAUGAAGAUGAACCUUUAUUUAUGUCACUGAUUGAAGAUUUGUUCCCUGGUAUGACUUUAGACAAAGCUGGUUAUCCUGAUAUAGAGGCUGCUAUACAAAGACAGGUUGAACAAGCUGGUUUGAUACAUCAUGAUCCAUGGAUAUUGAAAUUGAUCCAGUUAUAUGAAACCCAAAAUGUACGUCAUGGUAUGAUGGCUCUAGGACCUACUGGUGCUGGUAAGACUAAAUGUAUACAAGCUCUGAUGAAAUCUAUGACUGAUUGUGGCACUCCUCAUAAAGAAAUGAGAAUGAAUCCCAAAGCUAUUACAGCACCUCAGAUGUUUGGUAGAUUGGAUGUUUCGACCAACGAUUGGACUGAUGGUAUCUUCUCUACUCUCUGGAGGCGAACACAUAAAGCUAAAAAGGGAGAACAUAUAUGGCUAGUAUUGGAUGGUCCUGUUGAUGCUAUCUGGAUUGAGAACUUGAAUUCUGUAUUAGAUGAUAACAAGACUCUUACCUUGGCUAAUGGAGAUCGUAUACCAAUGGCACCAAAUACUAAGAUUAUAUUUGAAGUACAUAAUAUUGAUAAUGCUUCACCAGCUACUGUCUCUAGAAAUGGUAUGGUCUUCAUGUCCAGCUCUGUUUUAGACUGGGAUCCUAUUCUCCAAGGUUGGUUAACUGAACGCCCACCAAGUCAAAAAGAUGUCAUAUUUGAUAGUUUCUCUAAUGUCUUCCCACAACUGUAUGCUUAUAUCAUGCAGGCUCUUGAACCUAAAAUGGAUAUAUUGGAGUGUAGUUAUAUAAGACAGGCUAUUGAUCUAUUAGAGGGAUUAAUACCUAAAGGUGAUGAUGGUAAAGAUAUACCUAGAGACCAUCUCAAUAAACUUAUUGUUUUUGCUAUUAUGUGGUCCCUGGGUUCCCUGCUCGAGUUAGAAGAUAGGAAAAAGAUGGAAGAAUGGUUAAAACAGAAUUCUGAGCUUCCACUGCCUAAAACAGAAGGUGAUGCAACUAUCUUUGAAUACACUGUCAAUGAAAGUGGAGAAUGGCAACAUUGGGCAGAAAGGGUACCGGACUAUGAUUACCCAGUGGAUAAUACACCUGAAUAUACAUCAAUCUUGGUGCCUAAUGUUGACAAUGUUAGAUCAGAUUUCUUGAUCGAAACUAUCUCCAAACAGGGAAAAUCUGUACUACUUAUAGGAGAACAGGGUACAGCUAAGACUGUUAUGGUACAAGGUUAUUGUGGUAAAUAUGAUCCUGAAGCUCAUCUCUUCAAGAGUUUCAACUUCUCCAGUGCCACCACAACUCAGAUGUUCCAAAGAACGAUAGAAAGUUAUGUAGAUAAACGUAUGGGUACAACAUACGGACCACCGGCUGGUAAAAAGAUGACAGUAUUUGUUGAUGAUAUUAACAUGCCUGUUAUCAAUGAAUGGGGUGAUCAGGUAACAAAUGAGAUUACCAGACAGAUGAUGGAGUAUAAAGGUUUCUAUAAUCUUGAGAAACCUGGUGAAUUUACUAAUAUAGUAGAUAUACAGGUUAUAGCUGCUAUGAUUCACCCUGGUGGUGGUCGUAAUGACAUACCGCAACGUCUAAAGAGAGCCUUUAAUAUCUUCAACUGUACGUUACCUGCUAAUUCUUCUAUUGAUAAAGUCUUCUUUACCAUUGGAUGUGGUCAUUUCGUUAAGGAGAGAGGUUUUAUGGAAGAAAUUGGUGAACAAGUCAAAUGUUUAGUACCAGCAACAAGAAAAUUGUGGCAGAAAGUCAAAGUUAAGAUGCUGCCUACCCCUGCUAAAUUUCACUAUGUAUUCAAUUUACGAGAUCUUAGUCGAAUCUGGCAGGGUAUGCUCAAUACAACCAGUGAAGUAAUAAAUAAUACCAGUAUAUUGAUGUCUUUAUGGAAACAUGAAUGUGCAAGAGUUAUCUGUGACAGAUUCACAGAAAUGACUGAUAAAGACUGGUUUGAAAAAACAUUUAUGCAGGUAUCAGAAGAAGAAUGUGGUUCAGCAAUGGCUAACAGUAUGCACCCCGAACCAUACUUCGUUGACUUCAUGAGAGAACCCCCAGAGCCCACAGGGGAAGAAUCAGAAGAUGCUGAUCUUGAUGCUCCUAAGAUAUAUGAACAAGUUCCUUCAUUAGAUGCAUUAGCUGAACGUUUACUAUCAUAUCAACAACAAUACAAUGAAACAGUACGAGGUAGUAAAAUGGAUCUGGUAUUCUUCAAGGAUGCUAUGACUAAUCUUGUAAAGAUAUCUAGAAUCAUACGAACACCUAGAGGUCAUGCUCUAUUGGUUGGUGUUGGUGGAUCAGGAAAACAAUGUUUAACAAGAUUAGCAUCUUUUAUAGCUGGUUAUUCUACCUUCCAGAUUACCCUUACAAGAUCUUACAAUGUUACCAACUUAUUGGAGGAUUUAAAGUUUUUGUAUAGAACUUCAGGUCAACAAGGAAAGGGUAUAACUUUCCUCUUUACAGAUAAUGAAAUCAAAGAUGAAGCCUUUUUAGAAUACAUGAACAAUAUUCUGUCAUCUGGAGAGGUGUCUGGUUUAUUUGCCAGAGAUGAAAUGGAUGAAAUAACACAAGAAUUGAUUGCGGUUAUGAAAAAAGAAUUUCCAAGAAGACCCCCUACCGCUGAAAAUCUAUAUGAUUAUUACCUAAGCCGUGUUAGACAAAAUCUUCAUGUUUCCCUCUGUUUCUCACCUGUUGGUGAAAAGUUCCGAAAUAGAUCAUUGAAAUUUCCUGGUUUAAUUUCUGGUUGUACUAUGGAUUGGUUCCAACGCUGGCCUAAAGAUGCUUUAGUAGCUGUAUCUAAUCAUUUCUUGUCUGAUUUUGAUAUUACAUGUACACCUACUGUAAAACAAUCUGUUGUAAAUACCAUGGGAUCAUUCCAGGAUAGUGUAGCCGAGGUCUGUAUAGAUUACUUCCAGAGAUAUCGUCGUCAGACUCAUGUCACCCCCAAAUCUUACCUAUCUUUCCUGAGUGGUUAUAAAAAUAUCUAUGCUGAGAAAAAAGAAGAAAUUGGUGUAUUAGCUAACAGAAUGGACACAGGAUUAAAGAAACUGAUUGAAGCCUCAGAAUCUGUAAAUAUUUUGAAAAAAGAACUGGCUGUAAAGGAGAAAGAGUUAGCUGUUGCCUCUAAGAAAGCUGAUGAAGUAUUAGCUAUUGUAACUGUUAAGGCACAAGCUGCUGAAAAGGUUAAAGCACAGGUACAAAAGGUCAAGGACAAGGCUCAAGGCAUUGUAGAUGCUAUUUCGGCUGAUAAAGCAGUAGCUAUGGGUAAACUGGCAGCAGCUAAACCCGCUCUACAGGCAGCUGAAGCUGCUUUACAAACUAUUAAACCAGCUCAUAUCUCAACUGUCAGGAAAUUGGGUAAACCACCCCAUCUUAUUAUGAGGAUUAUGGAUUGUUGCAUGCUGCUGUUCCAAGUUAGAGUUGAUCCAGUACAGAUGGAUCCAGAGAGACCGUGUGUAAAACCAUCAUGGAGUGAAGCUCUCAAACUCAUGUCAAAAUCCAAUUUCUUGCCAUCCCUGCUUAACUUCCAAAAGGAUUUGAUUAAUGAAGAAACUGUCGAACUGAUGCAGCCAUAUUUAAUGAUGGAGGAUUAUAAUGUGGAGUCAGCUAAGAAAGUGUGUGGUGAUGUUGCUGGUUUAGCCUCCUGGACAGAUGCUAUGGCCAUUUUCUAUAGUAUCAACAAAGAAGUUUUACCAUUAAAGGCUAAUUUAGCUGUACAAGAAGCUAAAUUGAAUGUUGCUAUGACAGAUCUGGGUAAUGCACAGGCUCAGUUAGAUGAAAAACAAGCAGAAUUGGAUGCAGUACAAGCACAAUUUGAUGCUGCCAUGGCUCAAAAACAGGAACUGAUGGAUGAUGCUGAUGCUUGUAGAAGGAAGAUGAACAAUGCUGAAGCUUUGAUUAAUGGUUUGUCUGGAGAAAGAGUUAGAUGGACUGAAGCCAGUAAAAACUUUGAAUCUCAGAUAAUAAGAUUAGUUGGUGAUGUCCUGUUAGCCACUGGUUUCCUAUCUUAUACUGGUCCCUUCAACCAAGAAUUCCGUAAUAUUAUGAUCAAGACAUGGAAGAAAGAAAUGGUUCAUGCCAAAAUUCCUUUUAGUGAUGACUUGAAUAUUGUAUCAAUGUUGGUAGUUAAUACAACAGUUAGUGAGUGGAAUCUACAAGGUUUACCUAAUGACGAGUUGUCUAUACAGAAUGGUUUGAUUGUAACCAAGGCAGCACGUUUUCCAUUACUUAUAGAUCCACAAGGUCAGGGUAAAACAUGGAUUAAAAACAGAGAAAAAGAAAAUGAACUUCAGAUAACAGCCCUUAACCACAAGUAUUUCCGUACACAUCUAGAAGAUAGUUUAUCAUUAGGUAGACCACUGUUGAUUGAAGAUGUAGGAGAAGAACUGGAUCCAGCUUUAGAUAAUGUUCUAGAGAAGAACUUUAUUAAAUCGGGUAAAACACUCAAGGUAAAAGUAGGAGACAAGGAAGUAGAUGUUAUGACAGGUUUCAGACUCUAUGUAACAACCAAACUGGCUAAUCCUGCCUACACACCAGAAGUCUCAGCUAGAACAUCUAUCAUUGAUUUCACUGUCACAAUUAAAGGCCUGGAAGAUCAGCUUUUGGGUGUUGUCAUCUUGACUGAAAAACAGGAACUGGAAGCAGAGAGAACAAAUCUGUUGGAAGAAGUAACAAACAAUAAACGGAAGAUGAAGGAAUUAGAAGAUAAUCUACUAUACAGAUUGACAUCAACUAAAGGUUCCCUGGUAGAAGAUGACUCUCUUAUUGAAGUACUUAAAGUUACCAAAGUCACAUCAGAAGAAGUCAGUGAAAAGUUGAACGUUGCUGCUGAAACCGAGAUAAAGAUUAAUACAGCUCGAGAGGAAUUUAGACCAGUUGCUUCUCGUGGUAGUAUUUUAUAUUUCCUGAUUGUUGAGAUGUCCAUGGUAAAUGUAAUGUAUCAGACAUCUUUGAAACAGUUCCUGGAACUCUUUGACUUGUCCAUGGCUCGAUCCCAGAAAUCACCAAUAACUGGAAAACGUAUCAACAAUAUUAUUGAGUAUUUAACUCUGUUGGUGUUCAAAUAUACAUGUAGAGGUCUGUACGAGAAUGAUAAGUUCUUAUUUACCAUUCUUAUGACACUGAAGAUAGAGAUGGCAGCUGGUAGAGUCAGACCAGAAGAAUUCCAAGUCUUCAUCAAAGGUGGUGCAGCUCUUGAUUUAAAUGCUGUGGAACCCAAACCUAAGAAAUGGAUUACUGAUAUGACCUGGUUGAAUUUGGUAGAGCUUAGUCGUCUACCACAAUUUACACAGAUACUCUCACAAGUAGCUAGAAAUGAUAAGGUAUGGAAAGCCUGGUUUGAUGAAGAUGCACCAGAAGAAUGUCCUAUACCAGAUGGUUAUGGUACUCAGUUAGAUACUUUCCGUAAACUAUUACUGAUCAGAAGUUGGUGUCCUGACAGAACUACACCAAUGGCUCGUGUUUAUGUUGGUGAAGCUAUGGGAGCAGAGAUGGCUGAAGGUGUAAUUUUAAAUAUGGAGGUUUUGUGGGAAGAAUCUAAUAAGAGAUCACCAUUAGCUUGUUUCCUGUCUAUGGGUUCAGAUCCAACUGAUAAUAUAGAAAGACUUGCCAAACAGAAGGGACUCAAAUGUGGUGCCAUUUCUAUGGGUCAAGGUCAAGAAAUUCAUGCCCGACGUCUUCUUCAAGUUUCUAUGGCAGAAGGCAGAUGGGUUCUUUUACAGAAUUGUCACUUGGGUCUUGACUUUAUGGAUGAACUGUUAGAAACGGUAAUAUCUACAGAGGUUGUACAUGAUCAAUUCCGUCUAUGGUUUACAACAGAACCUCAUCCUAAAUUCCCUAUUAAUUUAUUACAAUGUUCUGUUAAAUUUACCAAUGAACCACCACAAGGUGUAAAAGCUGGUCUUAAAAGAACGUAUGCUAGUAUUACUCAGGAACAACUCGAGUAUACCAAUCUAACUCAAUGGAAACCUAUGCUAUAUGCUGUUGGUUUUCUGCAUACGACAGUACAAGAAAGACGUAAAUUUGGACCAAUUGGUUGGAAUAUACCUUAUGAAUUUAAUCAGUCAGAUUUCACAGCUACAGUACAGUUUAUACAAAAUCAUCUAGAUGAUGUGGAUCCGAAACGAGGUGUUAAUUGGAUAACAGUGCGUUAUAUGAUAGGUGAGGUACAAUAUGGAGGUCGUGUUACAGAUGAUUAUGAUAAACGUCUACUCAAUACCUACUCUAAAGUCUGGUUCAGUGAAAAUAUGUUCCAAGAUUCCUUCCAAUUCUAUACAGGUUAUAAAAUACCAAAAUGUAAGACAAUAGAUGAAUACAGAACACAGAUAGAAAGCUUACCACUAGUUGAUACACCAGAAUGUUUUGGUCUUCAUCCUAAUGCUGAUAUCACGUAUCAAACUAAUACAGCUAAUGAGAUGUUAGCAUGUAUUGUUAAUAUACAACCUAAAGAUGCUGGUAGUGGUGGCGGUGAAACCAGAGAAUCUGUUGUCUAUAAACUAGCUGAUGACAUGUUGGAAAAAUUACCUGGGGAUUACAUUCCUCAUGAGGUGAAAGAUCGUUUGAAGAAAAUGGGUUUGUUACAACCUAUCAAUAUUUUCUUGCGCCAAGAAAUUGACAGAAUGCAAAAAGUAUUGACAUUAGUUCGUAAUACAUUGAAAGAUCUGAAACUUGCUAUCGAUGGUACUAUUAUCAUGAGUGAAAAUCUACGAGAUGCUCUUGAUAACAUGUAUGAUGCCAGGGUACCAAAUAACUGGAAAAAGAUCUCCUGGGAGUCUGCAACAUUAGGUUUCUGGUUCACAGAUUUAUUAGAUCGUAAUGCUCAGUUCCACAGCUGGUUGUUUGAUGGUCGACCAAACUGUUUCUGGAUGACUGGUUUCUUCAAUCCACAGGGUUUCUUGACAGCCAUGAGACAAGAGAUUACAAGAGCUCAUAAAGGUUGGGCUUUAGAUUUAGUAACACUAGAGAAUGAUGUUACUAAGAUGAUGAAAGAAGAUAUUGUUUCACCACCAUCUGAAGGUGUUUAUGUCCAUGGUUUACAUCUGGAUGGUGCUGGUUGGGAUAGAAGAAAUUGUCGUAUUAUUGAACCCACACCUAAAGUAUUAUACAGUUUACUUCCAGUUGUACAUGUCUUUGCUACAAAUCAAGAGAAACCCAAGAGUGCCACCCAGUAUGAAUGUCCAGUAUACAAGAAACCAAGACGUACAGAUUUAACUUAUAUCUUCCCUCUCAUGCUUAAAACAAAUAAACAUCCUGAUCACUGGAUUCUUAGAGGUGUAGCUCUGCUCUGUGACACCAAGUAAACAAUGAAUUAGGUGAUCAUUUUGAUCAAAUCCAACAUACAGAGGCAUAAUUAGAGCCACAAAACAAAUUAAGGUUGUCAAAAAUCCAUGCAGAAACCUGCUUAUAGAAUAACGUUUUUUUUUCCUGUGUGUUUGUUAAUUGUAUAAUUAAAUUGUAAUUCAAAACUUGUGUACAAUCUAAUGUAGAUCCUAUGUAACUGUACAGUCAAAUCAAAUUUUUUUUCCAACUGACAAACACCUAUAAAUCACAGAUGUCCCUUCAAGUGUAUAUAUUUAUAUUUACAGUACUUUUAUCAUUUAAUGAAACUAGAAAUGUUUUACUGUGUUCAUGCCUGAAAACAUGAUUUUAUUACAAAACAAAGCUAUAUUUAAAAGUGCCAAUACAUUUAUUUUGAAAUAAAAUGAUAUAACAUUAAAAAUAGGUUAAUAUAAUGUGAUCAAAAAAUAGGUUAAUAUGAUAGAUGUUUUAACAUCUUUCUUUGUCAAACCAAAAAAAUGUGUCAAGUAAAUAUGUUUGUGUGUGAUUUGCAAUUUGUAUUAUUAAACAUAUAUUAAUAAUAUUGAUUAUAUACAAAAGGUAAAAAGUGAUUAUCAUUCCGUACCUCCAAAAUCAAAAUAUACAAAUUCUAUUAAAUUAUUUAUAUAAAUAUUAUUUCUUUAUAUUUUCUAUUGUUGAGUUUAAUUUCUAUUUAUAUAAUAUAUUUUUUAUUUAUAUAAUUCAUCUUAUGUUUGAAACAUAAUAAAAGU